AUGUCUGUCGCUUACCAUCGUUUGAAGAUGAAGCUGACGCGUGGGGCCGUCGGCUACGCCCGCAAUUUUUGUGAUGGAUGCAAUCAUGUAAUAUCCUUCUUCGUUUCACCUUUUUCGCGCAUUGGGAAGCGGAUAUCAGCGGAGGCACCUUGGGUUGUGUUUAUCCUCGCCUCUACCUUUGUCAUGGUCAUUCCGCUGUUGGCGUAUCCCUAUCUUAAGCCCAUUAUCGGGCGAAACCCUCGACAUGACGAGGAAGAGGAGCGCGUGCGUUUAUGCCUGCAAAAAGGUAUCGAUCCCUACCCCUAUAUGCGGCAUAAAGAGCUUGUCUACGGGAAUAAAGUUACGGCAUUUAGCACGGAAAAGCAAAAUCCCAAAGAUUCGGCCUGGGAGUACACCUCGCUUCUCGAAUUUCAACGUCGAAAGGAAGAGCUGCGGCAGCAAGUGGGUGGGGAUAUCGGCGAUACCGUUCAGAAGCUCUUGGAUCUUCGGAAGCAACAGCAACGGCAGUUCGCGUCGAGGCACACACAAAUCAAUCAGGAGCCGAAGGAUGUUACCUUCCCGGGGCGGUCGGAUUCGGACCAACUCUUGUCGUAA